AUGAAGCCCUGGGCCCCCAGGCUCAUCCUCCUCUGCUUUCUGCUCUGGCUUCAGGGAACCCUGGGAGCUACAGUCUUCAUAACCCGGGAGGAAGCACAUGGUGUCGUGCACAGACAAAGGCGUGCCUACUCGUUCCUGGAGGAGCUGAGGCCGGGCUCCCUGGAGAGAGAGUGCAAAGAAGAGCUGUGCUCCUUUGAGGAGGCCCGUGAGAUCUUCAGGAGCACCGAAAGGACGAAUCAGUUCUGGAUUUCCUAUACUGAUGGGGACCAGUGUGCCUCAAAUCCAUGCCAGAACGGGGGUUCCUGCAAGGACCAGCUCCAGUCCUAUGUUUGCUUCUGCCUCCUCGACUUCAAGGGCCGGAACUGUGAGACAAACAAGAAUGCCCAGCUGAUCUGUGACAAUGAGAAUGGUGGCUGUGAGCAGUACUGCACUGACCACACAGAGGACAAGCGUUCCUGCCGGUGCCAUGAGGGGUACACAUUACUGCCGGAUGGAGUGUCCUGCAGGCCCACAGUGGAAUAUCCAUGUGGGAAAAUACCUAUUCUGGAAAAAAGAAAUACCAGCAGACCCCAAGGACGAAUUGUGGGGGGCAAGGUGUGCCCCAAGGGGGAAUGUCCAUGGCAGGCCGUGCUGACAGUUAAUGGGAAGCUGCUGUGUGGUGGCACCCUGCUGGACACCAGCUGGGUGGUGUCUGCUGCCCACUGUUUUGACAAGAUCCAGGACUGGAGAAAUGUGUCAGUGGUGUUAGGUGAGCACGACCUCAGUGAGGAUGAAGGAGAAGAGCAGGUGCAGCAGAUCAUGCAGCUGAUCAUGCCCAGCAAGUAUGUUAUCGGCAAGACUGACCAUGACAUCGCUCUGCUUCGCCUGCACCAGCCUGUGGUCUUCACUGACCAUGUGGUGCCCAUCUGUCUGCCUGAGAGGAUCUUCUCUGAGAACACACUGGCCAACAUUCGCUUCUCAAGGGUCAGUGGCUGGGGCCAGCUGCUGGACCGUGGUGCCACAGCUCUGGAGCUCAUGGCCAUAGAGGUGCCCCGCCUGAUGACCCAGGACUGCCUGGAACAGUCACAGCAGAGCUCAGACUCCCCAGCGAUCACAGAUAACAUGUUCUGUGCUGGCUACCCGGAUGGUAGCAAGGACUCCUGCAAAGGGGACAGUGGGGGACCACAUGCCACACACUACCGUGGCACAUGGUACCUGACGGGUGUGGUCAGCUGGGGUGAGGGCUGCGCUGCUGUGGGCCAUUUUGGGAUCUACACCAGGGUCUCGCGGUAUACUCAGUGGCUGAUCAGGGUCAUGGGCUCCAAGCCCCGGCCAGGCAUCCUGCGAGUCUCACUGCCCUAG